UUUUUUCUCUAGCAGCAGUUGUGCCAGACGUUCUACCAAUAAUAAUAAUAAAAAUAAUAAUAAUACUAAUAAUAAUAAAAGGUAUAUACAUACAUAUAUAUUCAUAUAUACACACAUAUAUAAAUUCAUUUCACAGGCUUUUCAGUUUAAAAAUCAAACAAUGAAGGCUUUACUUCUUGGAUUGUGCAUUCUUCUCGUGGUCACUUAUGCAAUGGCCGCAUGUGAUAUCUCGAAAGUUUCAGAUUGUCAGGAUAACUACAUGAAGAAAUCAAGAGAAAUGGAAGCUAACCACAAGGCUUUCUGCAAACUGAGCCUGGAUCAUUUGCAUUGUAUAAGAAGUGCUAGUACAGGCUGCGGUGAGAGUGUUGUGAAAAUAAUUGACCAAGCAAAAUCAAAACUGGAGUCACUGAAAUGCGAUACAGCACCAAAACCCAAAAAGAAAAAUGGAUCCAACAUCGUUGUUGCUCACAGCAGUGUGAUCUGUGGCACUUUCGUAGCAGCACUCACCUUAAAGAAGCUAUUCCUCUAAAUAUCAUAUAACUUUUAUAAAGUAAAUGACAUAUAUA